AUGGGUAACCCUUUCCAGCAAGGGACCCAUUCCUGUUCAGGUCCUGGCCCUGAGAGCUGCCAGAACCUAGGCGAAUAUAUCUUGAUCUUUCUGGGCUUCAUCAUCUCCAUCAACAUUGGAAUCAAUGUGGUGACUCUGCUCCGGUGCCACCUUGGGGGCUCUCUGAACCACAUAUUCCAUAAUUUUUUUCAGGAAGAUAACACGCUCGAGCUGGCCCCAAUCAUUCCCAAGAAACAGCUCAUCUGCAGGCCUCCAGCACUGAAGCAGACACGGAGACCUCCUGCCUAUCAGGACCCUCCUGUCUGUAAAAACCCUCCUAUUUGUCAAAAUCCUACUAUCUGUUGGAACCAUUCUGUCUGUCAGAAUUCUGCUGUCUGUCGGAAUCUUGCUGUCCAUCGGAACCCUGCUGUCUGUGACCUCUGCACUAUGGACUCUGUGACUCUUGACCUGGCCCCCCCAGGCUCCUGCCGUCGGCACUCAGUUUUCUCACAAGAACCUAACCAAUGUCUAGAUGCCAGGCUUCCCAAUGGAGAUGACAAGGUUUCCCAGUCCUGGCACCCUGGAUGUUGCCCUGACAAUUGUCAAUGUGACUGGGACUCUCCAAUGCCUCAGGCACAAUGGAAAGGGUUAUCAGCUUGUCCCCCAUUCCCUGGGGUCCAUUUCCAACAAUACCUGGGAAGAUCAGCCAAUGGGGUGGAAGCAAAGCCCAAGAUGGGGCUGGAAGCUUGUGUGUACCCCAUUAACCCCUCAUCAUAUAAUGCCGAGUCUCAGAGCUGCAAAGAGAGUACAGAACCAGACAUGUAUGGAUGUUCCCCCCAGUUCUUCCACCGAGUAACAGUCAGCCCUCUAAGCUGCAAACCCUUGCCCGCCACAAACCAUGUAACGUACAAUGGCUGGAAAAAGAAGAGGCAGGUAUGGGAAGCAAGUAGGGGUGUUGACAGCUUGCCCCAUGCAUGCCCCCCAGACUCUCUUGAAAAGCCAAGCCAGGACUGGGUGUACUACUCCCUGGAGGAGUAG